CACUCAUUCUCCUCCUCCUUAGCAUCAUCAGUACCAGGAGCAGCAGCAGCAGCCCUGACAGGAGCCAGAGCCCAGCAGCAGGGACUGCAAUCCGCCAACUGCCUUUUUGUACCUGCUCCAUCGACACCAGCAGCAGUAACCACAACCUUGCUUCCUCCUGGGAGAGGGAGAGAGUGUGUUGAGGGAGGACCCUGCAAAGACCCAGGUGAUGACCUGAAAAGAUCAUGUCUGAGGUACAGGGAACGGUCGAGUUUUCUGUGGAACUACACAAAUUCCACAAUGUGGAUCUCUUCCAGAGAGGAUACUACCAGAUACGAGCAGGGUUGAAACUUCCAUCCAGGAUUCCCCAUAGACUGGCUGCAACAAUCGUAGAGCAAACAGGUGACUCUAGCCUCUCUUCAGCCUGUGUUCAUGAGAACAACGUGCACAGUAGAAUAUUUCAGAUCUUAUACAGGAACGAAGAGAUUGUUAUCAACGAAUCGAUGAACUUCAGGGUCCACUUACUCCUAGAUGGCGAGAGGGUGGAAGAUGCAUUAAGCGAAGCAGAUUUUCAGCUCAAGUUGGACCUGCACUUUACUGAUAGUGAACAACAGCUGAGAGACAUUUCAGCGAUCCCUGUGAUAAGCAGCCGUACUUUGGGGCUUCACUUCCAUCCAAGAAGAGGCUUGCACCACCAUGUUCCUGUCAUGUUUGACUAUUUCCACCUGUCAGUGAUAUCUGUUACAGUGCAUGCCUCACUGGUAGCGUUACACCAGCCACUGAUCAGCUUUGCUCGUCCAGGAAAAGGGUCGUGGCUGGGUAAAGGCAGCCUGGAGACAGGACCAGACCAGUCCAGUAUGUCAUUGGAAAAUCUAGUGUUCGGAGCUGGCUACUGCAAACCGACUUCAUCUGAGGGAAGCUUUUAUGUCCCUUCUGAAAACUGCAUGCAGCAUGCAUACAAAUGGCAUAAGGACCUGUGUCUGCUGCUCUUGAAUGCAUACAGAGGGCUUCAUGUGUACUACACAGUCAUAAUGAAAGAGAUUCCAGAUUUGCCACAGCUGAAGUUAGCGGAGCUCGCUGUGGAAGAUACGCUAUCUCAACUUUGUACCGAGCUGCAGAUGUUGAACAAUCCAGAGAAGAUAGCAGAGCAGAUAAGCAAGGACCUAGCCUGGCUUUGCUCCCACCUUUUGGCACUAUGGACCCAGUUCCUGGAGACAGUGACACUCCAUCCAGAAGUCACAGCCUAUCUUACUCAGGAGCAUCACAUGCUAAGGGUAAGAAGAUUCUCAGAAGCAUUCUUUUAUGCCGAGCACCAAAAGCUAGCUGUGCUGACCUUUCAGGAAAGCCUGAUUCAAAGUCACAGCCAGAUUUCUACGGACGUUCGGAAUUCCGAGUACCUCACCAGCAUGCCCCCUCUGCCGGCCGAAUGCCUGGACAUUGACGGGGAUGGGAACACAGUCCCUGUGAUUUUUGAAGACAGAUAUGUGGACUUCCCUUACAAAAGUCAAAGUGUGGAUGUUUUCCCAGCUUGUGAGGUUCCUGAGAUGAAUGGUACACAAAUGGACUUAAUAAACAACAAGGAGGCUCUUGCAUCGAAUGAUGACAUUACAUUAGCAAACGGAGAUUUCAGAAAAGAUACUCUGUUAAUACAUACAGAUAAAAUAAAUGGGAAUGCCUCCUGUAUCUACAGCGAUAUUUCAGUUGAUGCUUAUACGGCUAAAGCUUUGACUCAGGACUCCACAUCUCAGGCUUAUACAGUCAAAAAGGAAGUCCAAAGGAAAAUGGAUGUAUCCCAUGAAAAUGCAUCAGUUUCAAGUAAGGAAAUUGUUUCUGGCUUGGGACCAGGCCUUUUAAAACACAAAGCCGAAGACUUCCAAACAUCAGUGGAUAUUUCAUUAAAAGAUGAUAGACUUGCUACAGGUGUUACAUGCGUGGAUAUGAAACCUAGCAAUAAGGAUUCCCAUGAAAGCGAACCCACAUUAAUCAUUAGUGCUCUGGGUGACAGCGAAACUAGCGGCCUCUUACACAGCACUGAGUUAAGUAAAGCAGCUAAAACUGAUAAUUAUGAAAAUAGUCUCACUUCAGAUGAACUUGCAUUAAAUGAACUAAACAGUCUUGAAAAACCAGUGGAUCAAGACAACAAGGCUCUGUUACCGGUUUUGAAAGCGUUACCAAUCAGUACUUUGGAUUUAUUAACCCAGACAACAAAAGAUGCCCCAGAGCUGAAGUCAUUUGUGAAGGAGCAAAGAGCUGAGGAAUGCGAAGAGUUUACCCUGAUGUCAGGGGUCAUAAAGAGAUCUUCGUCAAUAAUAUCCGACUCGGGCAUUGAAAGUGAACCCAGUUCGGUGGCUUGGUCCGAUGCGCGUAGCCGGGCUUUGGAGCUGCCCAGUGACCGCGAGAUGCUGCAGCAGCUGGUACGGAGGCACACCAUACACAGAAACUCCCUAGAGGGUGGGCAAACAGAAAGCAAUACAAGCUUGCCCAGUGGCAUCCAAGCAUCGCUGACAUCAAUUAGCUCAUUGCCAUUUGAGGAAGAAGAGCGGGAAGUGGAACUUACAAAGCUGACCAAAUCCGUUUCUGCGCCACAGAUCAGCAGCCCGGAGGAGCCCACAGACACGGUAGAUGUUUCCAAAUGCGAUAAAGCAAUCUUGGAAGUUGUGGAAGGGCCCUUGAAAAGCUACAUGGAAGUGACGUGCAGAAGCAUAGAAAUAGCAGGGAACUUUUCUGACUACCAGACUGCCAGGGAAAGUGAGCGAUCAGCACCGGACAUCGCCACAGGAGCGCAUCCUAGCGCUGCUGUCAAACGAGGUAACAGCAGCGCUGAGCGACCAGAAGAAGUGGAAGUUAAGGAAGGUUUGGAAUAUGCAGGACAACCUGUCAGUCUAAAGCAACACAGAUGGGAUACCUCUGAAUGCCAGGCAGUGCAGAGUAACGAAGAGAGCAGCUUGGAAACACUGAGUGUCACCACAUACUCAGAUCCUAGUAGCGUGCAGUGCGGUGCAUGUAGUGAGGAUCUGAAAGAUGCACUUAAACCCAUACUCGAGGGGUUGAAAAUAGGUCAAGACUUUUAUUCCAGAGUUAGCACACCAGACAUCGAGAAUUUCUCACGUGGCCUGAGCCAGGUACCAGAUUUUUGCUACACUGUUCCAGCCUCAUCGGAGACAUCGACUGAAUUUGGUUCAACCAGAGGAGAGUGUGGUAGCCCCGUCGCCAGUGAAACCAUGAUGUCAUGUGAAGAAAUGCAGGGCUUACAAGAAAUUGAACUCGACGACGCAGCUGCACUGUUGGAUUCUGCUGCAGGACCUUAUUGUGCCGAAUAUCCUCAGGAGCUGGACAGGGUGGAGCGUCGGCUUGUGGCUAACGGCAGCACUGGCUUUCACUCUGUUGCCACAGAGGGAUUGGCACUGGAGAGUCGAAAGGCCGUUGAGGUGGUUAACCUGUCUGUUUCUUGCACAGCCACGUGUCUUCCCUUUUCUUCGGUGCUCAAAGAGACUCCUGCCGUGGUUGGCUUCUCUUCAAAGCAGGCUGCUUUCCCUAUCACACACCAGCCUUUAGGCUCCUUCGGCGUUGUCCCCUGCAGCUCAGAUGAUGUGGAGGAAGAGGCCAAUGAAAGGAUGCUUAGUUUUUAUCAGGCCAAAGAAAAGUUUAAAAAAGAACUGAAGAUUGAAGGAUUUCUGUACAGUGACUUAUCUGUACUAGCUUCUGAUAUCCCAUAUUUUCCACCAGAGGAAGAGGAAGAAAAUUUGGAAGAUGGAAUUCACCUGGUUGUCUGUGUCCAUGGACUGGAUGGGAACAGCGCAGACCUGCGACUGGUAAAGACUUUUAUAGAACUGGGACUCCCCGGUGGAAAGCUGGACUUCCUAAUGUCUGAAAGAAACCAGACUGAUACUUUUGCUGAUUUUGAUUCGAUGACUGACCGAUUACUGGAUGAAAUUAUUCAACAUAUCCAGUUGUACAACCUGUCCAUCUCCCGGAUAAGUUUCAUUGGUCAUUCCCUCGGUAACGUCAUCAUCCGAUCAGUAUUAACUCGGCCAAGGUUUCGCUAUUACCUCAACAAGUUACACACCUUCCUGUCCCUCUCUGGGCCUCACCUAGGGACCCUGUACAACAACAGUACUUUGGUUAGUACAGGCCUAUGGCUCAUGCAGAAGCUGAAAAAAUCAGGGUCACUUUUGCAGCUGACCUUCAGGGACAAUGCAGAUCUCCGCAAAUGUUUCCUGUACCAGCUCAGCCAAAAAACAGGUCUUCAGUACUUUAAAAAUGUUGUGUUGGUGGCAUCUCCCCAGGAUCGAUAUGUCCCAUUCCAUUCAGCAAGGAUAGAAAUGUGCAAAACCGCACUUAAAGACCGGCACACAGGUCCCAUUUACGCAGAGAUGAUAAACAACCUCCUCCAGCCUUUGGUCGGGGCAAAGGACUGCACUUUAAUCAGACACAACGUGUUCCAUGCGCUCCCCAACACUGCCAACACGUUGAUUGGACGGGCCGCCCACAUAGCCGUGCUGGACUCUGAACUUUUCCUGGAGAAGUUUUUCCUCGUGGCAGGACUCAACUACUUCAAAUAGCGCCCGAAGCACUGGGUAACAAAGGAAAAGCAGAGGGUUCAAUGGUGUAGAAGCCCUUAGCCAAAAGAGCGCAGUAUUAGAAAUGAGUAACAUGCACGUGAUGAGGUGGGACCCUAACACUCAUCCCAUUUUCAUUUAUGUUUCAGAGAAUAAAGUGCUGUGGCUUUAAGAUAUUCCAACUUCCAAAUAUUGGUGCUUUUGGAAGACACAAAUAUUCAUGUUCAGUUCCAUGUUCUCUUUUGAUUGUUCACCUAAGACAAAAGCCACUUCUGAAACAGAGAACAAAAAUAAGAAGGCCAACUCUAUAGAUGUGACUGAACCAACAUGAAUCCAACCUCUGUUAAAUAUCACUCGAGGGACACAGUCUUCUUUGAUUUCACGCUCCUGUACUUAAUAAGAAAGCUAUACAUCUGUAGCACUUUUGUUGGGGGUAGUUAAUACAAGAGAAAACAAGCAUAUAUGAACUCAGGUUAAAACCUCCUUUUUGAUGAACUGGACAAUAUGAAAAAUAUGUAUGUGGUCAGAAUCCUUGAUAGCUUCAGUGGUUCCAUUUGUCUAAAGAAAAUGCACAGAUGGUUCCAUUAUCCGUACUCAUUUGUAACAUUCAUGCAGUCAAGGCAUGGAAGAGGGGAAAAGAAAUAUUUAAAUAAAAGGAAGGAGUCUUUAUAAAGCCUUUAAAAAACUCCAUUUCAUGUGAAAUAAAUGAACUCAAGAUAGAAGCAAUCAAAGCAAGAGAGGUGUAUUGGAAUAAUCAUGGGAUUAACUCAUCUUCUGUUAGCAUCUCUCCUGUUUACAUUUAUGGACAAACAUUGUUUUUGCUUGUCUUUAUAACCAAGGUACAUUUUUUUAAAUCUUUACCUAAGUACAUUGGCCCCAGUUUUAAAAAAAAUAUUGGUAUACUGAGCUGGUAUUCAAAGUCAUGCCAAUUAAUAGUGCCACCAAAGCAAUCAAAGGCAAUAGAUUGUAGCUUUUCAACAGAAGGUUGUGAAAUGCUUCAAAAUACAGGGCUUUAUGCUAUUAUGCACUUUCUGAAAUAUGUUAGUCCCAUCUGGAACACCGUAUGCAGUCCUGACUACCACAGCACUAAAGCGGGUAGCAAAUUUUUAAAGAGAAAUUAUUAAAAAAUAUUCAAAUUGUUUCCCACUUCCAAAAUUGACCCACUUUCCACUUUUUCAAGUUUUGUGUGUUUUUUAUUGAAAUUUUUAUCAAAGAUAUGAUCAAAAUUCUAAAUGCUAAAUUUUGAUAACUAUUUCAGUAAGUUUUCCUAACGUAUUUGAUCAAUUUUCAAUAAAAAAGUCACAUCAUUUUUUGCAAAGAAAAAUAAUAAAAAAUUGGAACUGUUGGGAAAAAAUCAACAGCCCUUCAUGAAAUAUUUUGUUUUUGAAAGAAGGCAACUCUGUAAUGAAAACCAUGGUGUUCAGAAAAAUGAUGAGCAGCUCUUCAUACAGUAGAUCUUGUAGGGUGUGCAGUGAAGAACUACAAAGAUGGUAGCAGAUGUCAAGAAUCUAAAUUAUGAGUUAAGGUGAAGGAAAUUAUGUUCCCUGAAAGAGGAGAUUUCAAAAAGCUCUAAGGGAAACUUUGAAAUAUUGUGACAGGUUUCAGAGGGGUAGCUGUGUUAGUCUGUAUCAGCAGAAACAAGGAGUCCUUGUGGCACCUUAGAGACUAACACAUUUAUUUGGGCAUAAGCUUUC